GGCGACACGCCGGAAUUGUUUAUUCCCUCAGGCCCUAAUCCCCAACCAUGCGCUCUUCCUCCCUCCCUCUCCUUAUAAGCAAUGGCGCUCGGCCGGCCAUUGCACCCCAACCAUCCUCAGCAGCAGCAGCAGCGAUCACCGCAGCACCGGAGACAACAACGAUCAGGUCGGCCGCCGAGCGAUCCAGCGGUCAUCACCGAUCGGUUGAUGAGCAUGACGGGACUGGGUUCGCCGUGCGGGGCGUGCAAGUUUCUGCGUCGCAAGUGCGCGCGCGGGUGCGUCUUCGCGCCCUACUUCUGCCACGAGCAGGGCGCGGCGCACUUCGCCGCCAUCCACAAGGUGUUCGGCGCCAGCAACGUCUCCAAGCUCCUGGCGCACCUGCCCAUCUCCGACCGCGCCGAGGCCGCCGUCACCGUCUCCUACGAGGCGCAGGCCCGGCUGCGCGACCCCGUCUACGGCUGCGUCGCCCACAUCUUCGCGCUCCAGCAGCAGGUCAUGACCCUGCAGGCGCAGCUCGCCUCGCUCAAGGCGCACGCCCCGCCGGCGCCGCAAGGGAUGCAGCAGCACCAGGACGACGUCAAGGGCUACGUGGGAGGCGGCGCGGCGGAUCAGUACGGGCACGGCGCCUACCAAUGGUACAACGGCAACGGCGCGGCCGCGCAGCAGCAGUGCGCGUACGGCGGCAAUGGUGGCGCCGUGGCCGGGCACGACUCCAUCACCGCGCUCUUGUCCGGGUCGGCGGCCUCCGACUACAUGAUGUACCACGCGCUCGAACAGUCGGCGUCGGACGACGACAGGCAUGCCGCGGCGGCGGCCUUCGAGGCGGCGGACCAGUCGUCGUUCGGGACGGAGGAGAGCGGGUGGAGGUCGUCGUCGGGGUACCAAGACUGCGAGGACCUGCAGAGCGUGGCGUAUGCUUACCUUAAUCGCUCGUAAGAACCACUACAACUAGCUAGCGCAGAAUUAAUAUAUCACAAGAUAUACUCCUCGAUCGAUCGACGAUGAUUUCCUGAAUCCUGAUCAUGUUUUGGGCUUGAGAGUUUGAGUUGGGCAAUAUAUAUGCAAUUGUUAAAGUCUACGUCGAUCGAUCAAUCGUGCUCAGGUUCUAGUCGUCCUAGCCAGCCAGCUAGUAAUAAUCCUAGUAGAUGGGUUGCUGUGAGAGUUCACUGCUGGAUCGAUACACGAUCACCGCAGAAACCUAGUUGACUAGACAGCAAAAAUGCUUCUUGGUAUGAUCAAUAUGCUAUGUAUAUUUCUGGCCGGUUGGAAAUAAGUUAUCUUGUCUGAGUUCUGUUCUGUAUAGUUGUAACUGCAGUAGUAUUCUGUAUAUGAUUCGACUUGUCAUGCCAGAAAUGUGUAUGUAUUGCCAAGAGAUCAAUAUCAGAAGAAGCUAGAAGGCAGUGAUGGACAGCUGAUAUAGUGAUAGACAAGCU